AUGCGUUUCUCCGUUAUCGCCGCUUCCGUCUUCGCUGGUGCCGCCAUGGCUGCCACUUCCACUGACUACGUCACUGAGGAAGUCACCAUCACCUCUUGCGCCGCAACUGUCACCGACUGCCCAGCUCGCAGCACCCAAGUUUCCACCACCAUCUACUCAAGAACCUCCUCUACUGAGGCUGCUCCUUCAUCUGUUACCCCAGCCGGUCAGCCAUCCAACAGUGGACCAGUAGCCUCCGGCCCUGCUUCAAGCGCACCAGUAGCAUCAACUACAACUUCACCCGCCGCAUCAUCCGCUACAAGUGAUGCUUGCGCAUCCCAAUGCAAUGCAUCAUACAACUCUUGCCGAAGUGCUCCAGGCGCAAACCGAUCCACCUGUGCUUCCAACUAUGCAGACUGCCUCGGAUAUUCUCCGUAUGAUAGCAACGGAUCACUCGUCACCCCAACUGCUUGCUCUUCCCCAGCCGCCAGCGCUCCAGCCUCAAGCAAGCCAGCUACCAGCGUUUUGGUUCCAGUUGCAUCAACUACAACUUCACCCGCCGCAUCAUCCGCUACAGGUGAUGCUUGCGCAUCCCAAUGCAACGCAUCGUACAACUCUUGCCGAAGUGCUCCAGGCGCAAACCGAUCCACCUGUGCUUCCAACUAUGCAGACUGCCUCGGAUAUUCUCCGUAUGAUAGCAACGGAUCACUCGUCACCCCAACUGCUUGCUCUUCCCCAGCCGCCAGCGCUCCAGCUUCCAGCAAGCCAGCCAGCUUCACCCCAACUUACGCCACACCAGCUGCCUCUUCCGCUGGUUCUUCCCUCGGUGUCGUUUCCUCCCCAGCACCCUCCGUCUCUGUCGUUGCCAUCACCACCUGUAUCCCAACCGUCAUCUACUCCACCAUCUCCCUCUCCGGAUUUGAGACCACUGCUCCAGGUGUCCCAGCUGCUUCCGCCAAGCCAUCUUCCACUGGAUACAUCUCCGUCCCAGCCAACGGUACCACCCCAGUCGCUACCCAAACCCCAAUGGCAUUCACCGGUGCUGCCGCCAAUCUUCAAGUUGGAGGAGCUGCUAUCGCCGCCGUCUUCGGACUCGCUGCUUUCCUCUUGUAA